ACAAACUGACAACCGGUAUUCUAAACUUUAAUUUGUAUUAGAAUUGUUAUAUACUAUUUUAAAAUGUUUAAAACGUUUCGAAAUAUUAAAUAUGGCACAAGGAAUAGAGAUUUUCAAAAAAUCAUCGUCCGAUUUUACGAAAUACCUAAACAUUUACAACUGAUAGCGACGGACCCCAAUCCCAGUUUCUACAGAAUGGUGGAAUACUUCUACCACAGAGCAAUUGUCAUGGUGGAGCCGACGUUGCUGGACUACCUGAAGAAACAUACACAUCUCUCAGACAAGAAGAGAACACAAAGGGUCGCGGGGAUUCUAAAGGUGAUGGGAUCGUGUAACAGUUCGCUGCAGUUCGAGUUCCCGCUGCAGCGUAAGAACGGCGAAUACGAGAUCGUGCAGGGCUACCGGUCGCAGCACAGCGUGCACCGGCUGCCUUGUAAAGGAGGUAUCAGGUUUUCGAAUGUAGUAGACUUGGAGGAAGUGAAGGCGCUAGCGGCGCUCAUGACAUACAAGUGCGCCUGCUCCAACAUACCCUUCGGUGGUUCUAAAGGCGGUGUCGCCAUUAACCCCAGGAAUUACUCCGUGGCUGAGCUUCAGCGCAUCACCCGCCGCUACACGCUUGAACUGGCCAAGAAGAACUAUAUCGGAGCGGGCAUCGACGUGCCGGCGCCGGAUAUGAAUACAUCGGGACGAGAGAUGUCGUGGAUUGUUGAUACAUACAUUAAGACACUUGGGUAUAACGAUUUGAACGCGGCGGCAUGCGUGACGGGCAAGCCAAUCAACGGGGGCGGCAUCCACGGCCGCGUGGAGGCGACCGGCCGCGGUGUCUAUAUGACUAUCAACUACUUUAUGCACGACGAGAAGUGGAUGAAGCUCGUCGGGCUCGAGCCCGGAUUCAAGAACAAGACGGCGAUAAUCCAAGGGUUCGGCAACGUGGGCAGCUACGCGGCCGUGUACUUGCAGCGCAGCGGCGUCAAGGUGAUUGGUGUGUGCGAAUACGACUGCAACCUCACCAACAAGGACGGCAUCGACACUCUGAAACUUCAAAAUUACAAAGCGGACAAUAAAGGCAGCGUCAAGGGGUUUCCAGGCGCGCAGCAGACGGGGCCCGAACUGAUGUUCGAGAAGUGCGACAUCCUCGUCGUUGCCGCCAUGGAGAAGACCAUCACGCAAGAUAACGCCGGCAAGAUCAAGUGCAAGGUGAUGGCGGAAGGAGCCAACGGGCCGACGACACCCGCGGCGGACAUCAUCCUGCGCAAGAACGGCGUGCUGGUGCUGCCAGACCUGCUGGCGAACGCGGGCGGCGUCACCGUCUCCUACUUCGAGUUCCUCAAGAACCUCAACCACGUCUCCUUCGGCAAGCUCAGCAUCAAGUUCUGGAGGGACUCCAACACUGCGCUACUAGACACGGUGGAGCAGUCGUUGAAG